AGCUCGGUCUUGCCAACUCUGGGCCGGCCCGUUUACAGCAAUCGGUGCCCUCCUUUUCGGGAAGUACAUCCCUGCAACGGCAAAAGGACCUCCUUUUCGGGUACGUUUGCGUCCAGAGCCGGUGCGCGAGCCAUGGUGGCGGCCGGCGUUAAGGCCCGGCGAUCUGCCCAUCUGCCCCUGCGUGCGCGUACUCAAUGCUCGAUCGCGCGUAUCCUCGUACUACAAAAAGGCGCACACACACACACACACAAACCGUAGCACGUAGACACGUAUAGCCGCGCGCGUGCAACGGUGCAAGUGCAACAACCAGUACUACACUCGUCAUGGCUCCUCGCCUCGCGGUCGUCGUCGCCCUCGCCCUCGCCGCCGCCGCCGCCGUCGCGCACGGCGAGGCCGGGGUGCGCGGCGCCGGCACGCUCCGCGGCUACGUCGCCUGCCUCGACUGCGCCCCGGGCCACGACCUCUCCGGUGUGGUGGUGGCGGUGAGAUGCGGCGGCGGCGAUGGCGGCGUUGGACAGCUGCGGGCGGCGCAGACGGACGAGCGCGGGGGCUUCGACGUGGCCGUGCCGGCGGCCGGCGGAGACGACGUCGACAGUUGGCGGAGCCACCCGCGGUGCGCGGCGAGGGUCCUCGGCGGCGCCGAGCAGCUCUGCGCGCCGGGGGGGCUCGCCGUCGCGCCCGUGGUCGCCGCGGGCGGCCGGGAGAAGCACGGCUCGUACGCGCUGGCGUCCAGCCUCGCCGUCUUCACGAGGUGCGGCGGCGGCGCCCUAGCGUCGUCGACGGCGGCGGCCACCGGUAACGGCCAGAGCCCCGCGCCGCCGCGGGCGCGCAGGGCGACGCCGCGCGCCGGGCGCGCCACCCCUCCGCCCUACGCCGGCCCGGGCCUUCCGCUCAUCUACUUCUUCCCUUUCCUGCCAAUCAUCGGCAUCCCCUGAAUGUACUGGUCGGCGUCGCCUACUGCUUCUGCUUGUGCUACUCUUAUGUUCGGGUUUGCAAUAAUAAUCUUACUUACCUACUUAUAGUUAUUAUCUAUGUUACUGUUACUGUAUGAUUAUGUAAACAUCUACCAAUAAGACAAUAAUACUCCCUCCGUUUCAAAAUGUUUGACACCGUUAACUUUUUAGCACAUGUUUGACCGUUCGUCUUAUUAAAAAAAUUUGUGAAAUAUGUAAAACUAUAUGUGUACAUGAAAGUAUAUUUAACAAUAAAUCAGAUGAUAUGAAAGGAAUAAAUAAUUACUUAAUUUUUUUGAAUAAGACGAAUGGUCAAACACGUGCUAAAAAGUCAACGGUGUCAAACAUUUUAAAACGGAGGGAGCAGAAGAUAUGGCACCAGUUCCAGGCUUCCAGAAGCUCAAGAGUGAACUUUUCUUUCUUCCGGCAAAUUUUAAAGUGCAACAAAAUGUGGGGAAAUCGUUGUAAGCUUUCGAGGAAAUGUCCCUUUAUUUGUUCAAA